AAGGGUGGUGUUUAUUGUUGCCAGAGAGCUGCAAUAAUGGCGGUGUCUCGUCGCUCUUCACAGCAACAACAGCAGAGCACCUUACAGUCUCCGCCACGGAACAGUUCUCUUUCGCCCAGUCCUCCCGGGUCUCCACCGAUGGCUUUGGUGACGGCAAUUGUUGUGCCACCGGACAGUGAGCGCGAAUGCAGCGGUGGGACUGGGAUGGAGAUGCCUCUGGCCUCACCAGAUAUUCCGACCCCGGCCCUGGGUGGGAGCAGCACAAGCUCGACCACAACAACCUCGGGUGGGGGUAGCAGUGUCUCGAGCCCCGGUUCUGUUGGCACGAGCCCCGGUGACGGUGUCAGUGGGAUCGGGGGAGCUUUCCGGGAGUUAUUUGAGGCCUGUCGGAAUGGAGAUGUAUCACGGGUGAAGAGGCUUGUCGAUUCUGUAAACGUGAAUGCGAAGGACAUGGCCGGGCGAAAAUCGACUCCACUACAUUUCGCUGCAGGUUUUGGCAGAAAAGACGUGGUGGAGCAUCUUUUACAGACAGGAGCCAAUGUGCACGCUCGAGAUGACGGUGGUCUUAUCCCCCUCCACAAUGCGUGUUCCUUCGGCCAUGCAGAAGUAGUCAGUCUCCUCCUGUGCCAAGGUGCGGACCCCAACGCACGUGACAACUGGAACUACACACCCCUGCACGAGGCUGCCAUCAAGGGCAAGAUCGACGUGUGCAUCGUGUUGCUCCAACAUGGAGCGGAUGCCAAUAUCCGCAAUACUGACGGCAAGUCUGCCCUGGAUCUGGCAGACCCGUCUGCCAAGGCUGUUCUUACCGGCGAAUACAAGAAGGAUGAACUUCUGGAAGCAGCAAGAAGUGGGAAUGAAGAGAAACUCAUGGCACUGCUGACUCCACUGAACGUUAACUGUCAUGCAAGCGAUGGCCGCAAGUCAACAUCCCAAAAAAUGCUGUCCACCCCGCUGCACCUGGCGGCCGGCUACAACCGCGUCCGCAUCGUCCAGCUCCUGCUGCAGCACGGCGCAGACGUCCACGCCAAGGACAAAGGGGGUCUGGUCCCUCUCCACAACGCCUGCUCCUACGGCCACUUUGAGGUGACGGAGCUCCUCCUCAAGCACGGCGCGUGCGUGAACGCCAUGGACCUGUGGCAGUUCACGCCCCUCCACGAGGCCGCGUCCAAGAACCGAGUGGAGGUGUGUUCCCUGCUGCUCAGUCACGUGGCCGACCCCACCCUGCUCAACUGCCACAGUAAGAGCGCCGUGGACAUGGCCCCCACCCCGGAGCUCAAAGAGAGGCUCACCUAUGAGUUCAAAGGUCACUCACUGCUCCAAGCGGCCCGAGAGGCGGACAUGGCCAAGGUGAAGAAGACCCUGGCUCUGGAGAUCAUCAGCUUCAAACACCCCCAGACCAAUGAGACGGCCCUGCACUGUGCCGUGGCCUCGCCUCACCCAAAACGGAAGCAGGUGACGGAGCUGCUGCUGCGUAAAGGUGCCAACAUCAACGAGAAGAACAAGGACUUCAUGACAGCCCUGCACGUGGCAGCGGAGAGGGCACACAACGACGUCCUGGAGGUCCUGCAGAAGCACGGUGCCAAGGUGAACGCGGUGGACACGCUGGGCCAGACGGCCCUCCACAGGGCGGCGCUGGCGGGCCACAUCCAGACCUGCCGCCUGCUGCUCAACUCGGGGGCCGACCCCUCCAUCGUGUCCCUGCAGGGCUUCACCGCCUCGCAGAUGGGCAACGAGGCCGUGCAGCAGAUCCUCAACGAAAACGUUCCGACUCGCAACUCUGACGUGGACUACCGUUUCCUGGAAGCUGCCAAAGCCGGAGAUUUAGACACUGUUCAGCAACUGUGCACCCCUCAGAAUGUGAACUGCCGCGACCUGGAGGGGCGCCACUCCACGCCCCUGCACUUUGCCGCCGGCUACAACCGCGUGGCCGUGGUGGAGUACCUGUUACACCACGGAGCGGACGUCCACGCUAAAGACAAAGGGGGUCUGGUGCCGCUCCACAACGCCUGCUCCUACGGCCACUACGAGGUGGCCGAGCUCCUGGUCCGACACGGGGCGUCGGUCAACGUGGCCGACCUGUGGAAGUUCACCCCGCUCCACGAGGCCGCCGCCAAGGGCAAAUACGAGAUCUGCAAGCUGCUGCUGAAGCACGGAGCGGACCCGACCAAGAAGAACCGGGACGGGAACAUGCCCCUGGACAUGGUGAAGGACGGGGACACGGACAUCCAGGACCUGCUGCGGGGCGACGCCGCCCUGCUGGACGCCGCCAAGAAGGGCUGCCUGGCCCGCGUCCAGAAGCUCUGCAGCCCCGAGAACAUCAACUGCAGAGACACGCAGGGGCGCAACUCCACCCCCCUGCACCUGGCAGCGGGCUACAACAACCUGGAGGUGGCUGAGUAUCUCCUGGAGCACGGAGCCGACGUCAACGCCCAGGACAAGGGAGGACUCAUCCCCCUGCACAACGCUGCCUCCUACGGGCACGUGGACAUCGCGGCCCUCCUCAUCAAGUACAACACGUGUGUCAACGCCACGGACAAGUGGGCCUUCACGCCUCUCCACGAGGCGGCCCAGAAGGGCCGGACCCAGCUGUGCGCCCUGCUGCUGGCCCACGGAGCCGACCCUGCCAUGAAGAACCAGGAGGGGCAGACGGCUCUGGACCUGGCCACGGCGGACGACAUCCGGGCGCUGCUGAUGGACGCCAUGCCCCCGGACGCCCUGCCCAGCUGCUUCAAGCCCCAGGCCACGGUGGUCAGCGCCUCAGUCAUCUCCCCGGCGUCCACGCCCUCCUGCCUGUCGGCCGCCAGCAGCAUCGACAACCUGGCGGGGCCUCUCAACGAGCUGGCGGCCUCGGGCGGAGCCUCGGGAGUGGCCGACGGAGCUACGGGCUCGGACAGGAAGGAGGGAGAGCUGGUGAUGCUGGACAUGAACAUCAGUCAGUUCCUGAAGAGCCUGGGCUUGGAGCACCUGAGGGACAUCUUCGAGAGGGAACAGCUGUGUCAGAUCACCCUGGACGUGCUGGCUGACAUGGGUCACGAGGAGCUGAAGGAGAUCGGGAUCAACGCCUACGGACACCGACACAAGCUCAUCAAGGGGGUGGAGAGGCUGCUGGGGGGGCAGCAAGGUGCCAAUCCGUACCUGACAUUCCACUGUGCCAACCAGGGCACGGUCCUCAUCGACCUCGCCCCCGACGACAAGGAGGGCCAAUCGGUGGAAGAGGAGAUGCAGAGCACCAUCAGAGAACACAGGGACGGGGGCAACGCGGGCGGAGUGUUCAGCAGAUACAACAUCAUCAAGAUCCAGAAAGUGGUGAACAAGAAGCUGAGGGAGCGCUACACACACCGCCAGAAGGAGAUCGCAGACGAGAACCACAACCACCACAACGAGCGCAUGCUCUUCCAUGGUUCUCCUUUCAUCAACGCCAUCAUCCACAAAGGCUUUGACGAGCGCCACGCCUACAUCGGAGGCAUGUUCGGCGCGGGAAUCUACUUUGCGGAGAACUCCUCCAAGAGUAACCAGUAUGUCUACGGCAUCGGGGGAGGCACGGGCUGUCCCACGCACAAAGACCGCUCUUGCUACCUGUGCCAUAGGCAGAUGUUGUUCUGCCGGGUGACCCUGGGGAAGUCCUUCCUCCAGUUCAGCGCCAUGAAGAUGGCCCACGCCCCCCCCGGACACCACUCUGUGAUUGGCCGGCCCAGCGUCAACGGCCUGGCCUACGCCGAGUACGUCAUCUACAGGGGAGAGCAGGCCUACCCAGAGUAUCUCAUCACCUACCAGAUCCUUAAGCCUGAGAGCACAGCCCAGGCAGCUGCAGGAGCCGAGCAGAAGUCCUAGUCCUCAUCCAGACCAACUGUCAACAACCCCCCACACACACACACACACACACACACACACAGUUACUGAACAUGGCCCCCCGCGCUCACCAGGGGGGGCGCUUGGUGUUUCUUGCUAUUUCUCGACUUACUGUAAAUGCCUAAAAGAGAACUUUUUAUUUUCAUCAAGCGAUUCCAUUAAUCUAGCCCAUUAGAAUAACCAGGGACUGGUGACAUAUAUGAACUAUACUGUGUAUUAUCUCUCCUACUUGUGGUGAACCGUGUCAGUUUUCUUUGCAUUGGCUGCAUGUACAAUACGGACGCAUGCACGGCCCAGUAGCGUGCCUGGGUUCUCUCUCCCAGUCUACCGCCCUGCUGGGGGAGGGGCAGCGUAGAGCCCCGCCCUGCUGGGGGAGGGGCAGCGUAGAGCCCCGCCCUCCGCCCUGCAGUGUCCACAUUUAAGCCGUUAACCAUUCUCACCUCAUCAUGCCUCGUUGACCCGGAGAAUCGCAUAACAACUGACCCCCCCCCGCCGCCCCCACCCCCGUCUGCGUACACUCUGCAGAGCAACUUCUGACGUUUGUGAUGAUGUGUUAACAGAAAAUUCUAUCACAUGGUUCAUUCGACCCAAUUGCUAUGCUGUUUUUUUUAUUUUUUUAUUCACUGAUGCAUUACUGCAAAACCUUUUUUGUUUUGGUUCAGUUCAAUUUCAAUUUCUUGGGGGUAUUCCAUAUUGAGCAAUAUAUCACUCAAGCCACAUGCAUAAGAUGAUAUCAAUCAUCUACUCAAACAUUCUGUAGUAAGUUGCACAAGAUGACGUGAUCUCCACAGACAACCCAGAUGGCCAUGGUCUUAUUUACAGACAUCCCAUGUGUAAGGAUUUGCACUUUUACAUAGAAACUAUUUAAGUUAUUUGAAUGGCAAAUGUUAUGGGAAAAAAAUGUUUAUGUACAGGUUGUGUAAAUGGAUGUGUAUAACUGUAUGUUUAACAGUGUCAUUUGAGUUUAAUUGUAAAUGAAGUCUAAAUUUUUUUCUGGCCUUCUUGAUUCUCUUACUUUUUUGAAUAAACGUUGUCCCAGA